AUGAGCAAGCCGGCGGGAUCAACAAGUCGCAUUUUAGACAUCCCUUGCAAAGUGUGUGGGGACCGCAGCUCCGGAAAGCACUAUGGGGUUUACGCCUGCGAUGGGUGCUCGGGAUUUUUCAAGAGGAGCAUCAGGAGGAAUAGGACCUAUGUUUGCAAAUCAGGAAAUCAGCUGAUGCUUUUGGAAGAUGCUUGGAGAGAACUGUUUGUUCUAGGAAUAGCACAAUGGGCCAUUCCAGUUGAUGCUAACACUCUACUGGCUGUAUCUGGCAUGAACGGUGACAAUACAGAUUCUCAGAAGCUGAAUAAAAUUAUUUCAGAAAUACAGGCCUUACAGGAGGUUGUGGCUAGAUUUAGACAACUUCGGCUAGAUGCUACUGAAUUUGCCUGUCUCAAAUGCAUUGUCACUUUUAAAGCUGUGCCCACACACAGUGGUUCUGAACUGAGGAGUUUCCGAAAUGCUGCUGCCAUAGCAGCCCUUCAAGACGAAGCCCAGCUCACCCUGAACAGCUACAUUCACACCAGGUAUCCCACACAACCCUGCCGUUUUGGAAAACUUCUAUUGCUUUUACCAGCUUUACGUUCAAUUAGUCCAUCUACAAUAGAAGAAGUGUUUUUCAAAAAGACCAUUGGGAAUGUACCAAUUACAAGACUGCUUUCAGAUAUGUACAAAUCCAGCGACAUAUAA